CAUUGCAUGGGUUGGUGUGACAGAGUAGCUCGGUGAAGACCCACUGCUUGAGUUACUGCUGAAAACCGCUCCCGAAUAGUUCAAUACACACAAUGCAAUAGGACAUCCUGCACGUGUAUGUGGAAUACACUAUGGGAAAUAUGCAACCUGUGUAUAUGUGGAUCUGCCGAGCUUUGAGUCUUAACUCCAUGUAGAGCAUAAGCCAGUCCUUGUGUUGGAUUGGCUCAAACAGGACUGCGCUUCUGACAAACAUCGGCACGGAAAUCUGUUGAAGCGAAGGAGGACGGAUGAUGGCUGAUUGACCCGCAGUGUAUAGGGCAGAUUUCGAAUGCACAUUUGCUUCGUUGGCCUACAACUAGUGGCAUCCGCUGAAAGACAGCAAUCAGUGCGGAAGUCGGCAUCAGAAGCAGUAGCCAUGUACGAUAACCGGUACAAGAAGACAUCUUCUUUCCCCAGCAUUUUGAUGCAGUACGGCCCGCCUUGCGUUGCUAAACAGGUGCACUGGUCCCACAGAAUCAAAGAGAAGGAGCAACGUAAGAGAAUGAGACAGAGCAGAGACGAUCUGGAUAGUCCAGGGACAGUCGUGGAGAAGAAGGGGAAGGCGGAGAUGCGGACUCUGAGACUUGAGACGAUUGCCAGGGAACAGCUGGCCAGGUAUGACAGCUAUAUCCAGCGCCUCCACGACAAGGUGGCCAGACAGAGAACAGAGAUGAGGCGCCGCGCAGAGGAGACUGAGACAAGGAUACUGGCACGGGAGCAACAGAGACGACGAGAAAGGAAUGCAAGGAAAACACAACCUCUCCCUCCCAUCAACAACCCUGAACAUUUCAAGAAGUAUCCAAAAACAAAGUUUGGAAAGACGGUGCUCCUUGAAGACGACAUGAAGAGGAAGGGCUUGCUGCGCUGUCAGGAGGAAGUGGACCAGCUCUGGCAUAGUAAUACGUACGUCCACAAAGCUGUAGGUCAGCACUCCUCCGUCUAGUUCGUGCUGUACUGUCUAGUGACAUGUCUACUGCACUGCAGGUAUCAAAUACCUGAUGAGGACGAUACAUCGCUGUCUUCUUCCACCUGUUAGGAAUGACACGGCCUUGCCUGGUUCGUGUAUGCGCUGGAAGUUUUGGGACUGAGGAGACCCUAACACAUAGUGCUUAUUGUUUGUCCACAAAAGGAGGGGUAGGGGAUGUGUUAUGUGACCUGGCUGUGUGUAAUUUUAUCCGAUGGCGUGUGCAUACUUAUUACCACUGGUUUUUCACCAUACAGUUGCAAUAUCUACACACGUGCAGUUUGCUUGAUGUCUCACGUAUGCAAUCGUAUCUCUAUGAAUCUAUAAUACUGUUAGUUAAUCGAUGCUGUUGAUGCCUCGCAAUAGCGAAUAUGUUCAACUAUCUCGGAAUUACAACGUGGUCCCUUUGGGACUGCAUAUUCACGCCCGGGUGUUCAGUCUAACUGUACAGACAGGUCUGUUCAUGCAUGGGUGCUGUGCGAGGGAUCAGGGAGAUUUCUAUAAACUACUCAGCUGAAUCUACAUUGCUGUCAGAUCACGGUGUAGCGUGAACAAUGGACACAAUCUCGUCCUCCCUGCAGAUCGCACCAGGUGUGUCUACCGAGUGGGGUACGAUCUGCAGAAUAGCCACUGUCAAUGGCGUACAAAUAAAUAAAACACAGCAAAAACCCAACAACAAAAACUAAGUACAAGUAAGAAGGUAAGAAAUAUUUAGGCAUUAGGCAAUUUAAAGACUGCCAUCUAGGGUGUCAGUUGUUGGUUGCCCUAUAGAGGGCACGGCGCAUGUCAGCAUACUGAAUUCCUACUGUUGUGUAAAGUUUCUUUAUCAAAUCCGGAAUUUGUAAUGAUUUCCAAUUGGUACUAAAUGUGAUGAUGUUGUUCAUGCUCUCACAGGUGUUGCCCGGACGCUCCCGGACGUUAUUUAGUUGGACCGAAUACAUGUAAUUGCUUGUGGGGAGAUGUGUCAACGUCAUCUAACCAGUUUUAUCACACGAACAUGUCGAUUAAAUUUGUUAUUGCGAUCAUCA